AUUACCGAGCGGGAUCGGACUUGUUUACAUCAUGGCGGCCAUAACGAUUGAAAAAGACGAUAUUGGACAGAAAAUAUACACAAACAGCCGCGCACAAUAAUAAAUAGCGGUUCCCUUUAAGAGAACUGAAGGUUAAGAGAAAAGAUGGCAGCAUUUAGCUCGGGUGAGAGAUGGAAAGAGUUUUUUUCCAAGACUACACAGCUUCCUCCAGCAUUUGAAAGGGAGCAUUCGAUACCAGAUAUAUCAACACCACUGCACAUCACUCUGAACACCAUAGAGGGGCUGAUUGGAAAAGUUGACUCUGACAAGCAGCCAGAUUAUCAAGUUUAUGUCAGCCUUUAUGAUUUAGCCUACAGACACUUUUUUGGAAGCCAGUGGGUUGGACCUAUUUUGGCACCACAAGGAGGAGGUGGAGCUAAAAGACCUAAAUUAAAAUAUAAUGAAAGUCUUUAUUUCCACACAUCUAUUCACAAUGCAAAUAUUGUUGCUGUUGUGGAGGUUGUUGCGAUAACACAGGGAGCUAGUGCCAAGCCAAAACGAGUAUCUUGUGGAUGGAGUGUUUUGAGGAUCUUUGAUGAAGAAAUUUUGAUCAAAGAAGCAUCAUCAAAAGGGAUGCAAAAAGUCCAGCUCAAUUAUGGAACCCCAAGAGCAUUGUUCUUUAUGGAUGAACCAGUAGAGGACAAUGAAUUUCUGAAGCCAAUUCCAGACUGUUCAUUAUCAUUUACAGUUGCAAAACACAAAGCAAUGUUUGGAGUUAUGUCCCUUAUUCCUGAAAAUACCCUUGUAGGAAGAAGUGACACAAUCCCAGGCCUGUUGGAUGGAAGUAACCAAAGUACUGACUCAUUAAAGAAACCCAAGUUACUGAAUCAAGUACCAAUUCAAAUAAAUAAUCUGCGCAUUCAGCUACAUCCAACUGUUGAAAAGUUUGAUGAAGAACUUUGUGAGGCUCUGCACAAAGAUAGAGAGGGAACAGAGAACAAGAAACUUGCUGGUACUUCCAUAUCCAUUUUAGAACGAAGACUAAUAGUUGGAGUUCAUAAUGGUUUAAAUUUCCUUGAGAAACCAGAGACAAUGCACUUGGAAGUGUAUGAUGAAGUUACAAAAACCCUCAAACCUCAAAGUAGUCCAAAUCUCCGUAGGAGCAAAAGAUUUCAUACUUCACAGAAAGCUGCAACUGGCACGGAUAGUGCUUCAACAUGUCUUGUAAUGAAAAAUAAAGUAGAACUAAAUGAAGUGUUGGACGACCCCAUGUGUGCUGUCGUUUUUACAUUAGAGUACGUUGUAGGACACAAAAUAUCUGAGGAAGAAAAAAGAUUGUCUCAAAGUAUUACAAAGGGACACACUCAAACUGUAUCUGUCAGAUGGGGAGUUUUGAAUCCAGUUUUACAAGCAAACAAUACAGUUCAGGUGUCCCUGCAAGGAGGACCAACAACAUUCCCAGACUAUGAUUUCCUCUUCAAGAUGCCUAACACAAAAAUGCAAAACCUGCAAGCAAGCAGAGUAGCUGGUGGCAUGAUGACACUGCAGUGGGGGAGAGGAAGUGGUAUAAGUGAACCACUGCCCACUUCUCACUUACUUCAGCCAAGCUCUAUCUCCUCUAUGCACAGUGAAGCAGAUGAGACAAUGCUAAUGGACACUCCAACAGGUAGAAAACCCCCAUCAGGGAAGCGAAAUGGUUCUGUUCCUCAAAUUCCCCAGCAAUCACUUCUGCAACCCGAGAUGACAGCUGCUAUGUACUCAAGUGUACUUCAGCAACAGAUGACAACACCAAGCAUAAAUAUACAGCCCAGUUAUCCUUAUAUGCCUGUACAGCAACCCAUGUAUGGAUAUGGUCCAGCAUAUCAGCAAACACCACGAAGUACAGUGCCGUCUGGCCCAGAGAUGAAAGAACUACCUUACCAGCCUCUACAUGCACCCAUCAUGGCACUUCCACCUCAACCAAGCAGACAACAAGGGCUAUCACGAGCAGCAUACGCAAAGUUGUACUCAACUGACUUCCCAGCUAUUCUUGAUGCGAAUGGGGAGCCUCCAGAAGUUAUUGAUGUGCAGAAAGCGUGGGAGGUUGAUUUGAACAGAGAAAUUCAAGAUCCUUUGCAGUGUAAUGAAAUUGUUUUCCAGUUUCUUGCCUUUGACAGGUCAUCCUCUGAUGAGAAAUAUGUUACAGACCACGGGAACACAAUUUUCUUCACUUUCCAGUUCUACAGAUUACCUCAAGUAACAACAGAAAGAGUUUUGCUGAGUAAACCCAAAAACGAGUUGGUAUCUGACAAUACGUCCAUGCCGUAUAUCAUUCACAGAAUGGAAAAAGAUCAAUCUGGACCUGCAGGUCUUCAAAUGAAAUACAUGAUGGAUCCAGCGUACAUGAAACCAGGUGAAGUAAAUAUGUUUCUUCAACAUCUGUCUCGGCAAGUAUUGUAUAUAGAUGUUUGGGAUGGAGAAUCAUUAUUCUUGAUUGGACAGUGUGCAGUGGAUCUCAAAUACUUGUGCAGAAAUGGACACGAAGCUGUUCAGUCAACAUUUGAACUAGAUGUAAUGAAGACAGAGUAUAAAGAGAUGCCUAACAGGGUUAUGGAUAGUGGCAACUCGGCACAAUAUCCUGGCUACAAGACCUGGCUAAAUGGAAAGCUUCAUUUUAGAAUGGCUAAUGUGGGGUACGUUGUGGAUCACAAGUCCCAGAUUGUAACUCCACUGACUGUACAAAACAAAAGCCACGUGAUCAUCUCUCAGACAGCAGGUAAUAUUUCUUAUCCAGGUGGAAGUUUAGAUGGGGUUUCUAUAACCACAAAGUCAGGUUUGUCAUCAAAGAAAAAAGUUGUCCGUGCUCACCACAUUGCAGAAAAAAAUAAAGAAAUUGCCCAGCUAUUAUCUACCCACAAUGAUCAGAUGGUACCAGAAAAGGAUGAAAGUUCACAGGAGGGAGAUUCAGAGAAAAAGAGAAAAUUGGCUCGAAUGGAAGCAUUGAGGCAGAAGCAAGGUGUCGACAACAAAUUCAAUACAGUUAUGGCUUUUAAAACAGAAAAACAAGAGAGAAUGAAGGACUACAAAACUCUCGAGAUUUAUAGACUACAAACAAAAAAAGAUGGCAUUUUGAACAUGUUGAGCCAGUCUAUCUCAACCGAACAUGUCAUUCACCCUUCCUUUGGAACAUCAGAAUUCUUCGAAUUUGUUCUUAAAAACCCGUUGAAUGUACAACAGACUAUCACAAUAGAACAUGAAGAUUCCGAUUUAAGGGUAAUUACCGAUGCUAGGGAGUGGCGAUAUUUCAAGCAGCUUAAUCAUGUAAUGACACAGGUUGAAGAGGAUAUGUUCAUCAAGGACAGCUCCUCACAAUACCCUCAGGUUUUCCUUCGUCCAAAAGAAACUGUUCAAAUUCCUUUUAAAUAUCUAAGCUACACUGCGGAACACACAGCACAGCCGCAGGGUCCUUCUGAUCCCUAUAAACCCAAAAAGGAUCAAAGUUUAAAGAAAACUCUCCAGCCAAUGCAGACAAGAUAUGCUAGAAUACUCUUCAAAGGAGAAGACAGCAAAGCUGUCUCAAUUUUGCACCUGAAAAUCGAACCUCAGCCUCAUGUAGUAAAUCAAACCUUCCGAUUCUACCACCCAGAACAGUCAUUCUUUAAAAAGUCUAUUCGACUACCAGGUUCACUAAGCAUUUCUACGCCUUCGAUGGGAGGACCUGGUACAAUGCAGUUUUAUGUCCGAUGUAGUGACAGUAAUGUGAUUUCAGAGUGCAAACCCACACAGAGUGGAGAACCUGUAGAUGUUUUCAUAAAGGCAGCUUUGGCAGCAUCGCCCCAAAUAAAACACUUCUAUGUCUGCAUUUACUCUGAUGCUUUCUUGACUCGUCCUGCACAAGUAUGGCAGCUCUAUAUUCAUGCCUUACAGAAAGUUGAUGUUUCAUGUGUAGAAGGUCAAACCAGCAGGUUUAAUUUGCUCCUAAGAGGUACCCAAGCAUCACGUCUAGUCCGCAGUUUCUCAUCAAAUCCAAGGGAAAUGCAGCUCUAUCCAUCAGAGCAGUUCUUAUUAGCAGCCGGAGCCGUUCAUGAAUUAAGUGUGGCAGUUCGCCCAAUGAAAGAAGGCACCAAGCAGUUCCAUUUAAAUGUAAUAGAUGUUGAGUGUCAUCAGUUGGUCCGAACUUGGCUCAUCUCUGUCAGCUGCCAGCCACCAAGCAUUUCUAGAGCCUUCGAACUGCAGCUGCCAGUAGGUGGAGGAAAAGGGAGCAACAAGAAAAUCACCUACACAAAUCCUUAUCCACACAGAAGAGAAUAUCACACCUUGUCCAGCAGGGAGGAUUUACUGCAGUUCAGAGAAAACCAUUUCAUUGUAGAGGGAGGGGAGACCUAUACCAUUGGAUUGAAAUUCAUUCCCAUGAUGAAACCAGGAGUUGCUGAAAUUCUGGUAUUCAUUAAUGAUGAGGAUGAUAAAAAUGAAGAAACCUUCAAAAUCACUGCUACUUACAUGUAAUGAAUGUUGAUGAUAUUCGAUUCUAAGCAUGUUUAUUGAUAUUAUGGCAUUUUACAUGUUAUUGUACAUAUGUUAUAAAUAAGUUUCUGAAGAGCUCUAUGAAUGUUGAUGCAUUUAAGGAAAAAUUUAUAGAACUAAAUCAAUAGAUAUAAAAUUUCAUUUGUGGAAAAAAGAUAGAUUUUCUGUUCCUCUGUUUCAUUAUUACUUCAUGUGGAAAGUUGUGAAAAAACUCUGUAUUGAAUUAUUUUAUGAGAAAUUGAGUAUUAGGUAUUGAUGUUUAAAAUAGUUUUGUAUUAUUUUUAAAGUACAUGUAUAUUUAAUGGUAUGUUUUGAUGUUUAAGUUUAGUGCUUCAGCGAUGUUUAAACUGUUAAUUUUAUGUUUUAUGUAGUAUAUUUUAUGUAUUUAUUUAUUUAUUUUAUUAAUUUUUUUUUUUUUUUUUUAAUUUUUUUUGAAAAUAUAGUUGAUGUAGAUUUAUUUAUUCAUUAAGAAUUUUAUAGUAAAAGAUGUAGAAAUCAAAAAUGUGCUAUUAAGUAUAUUUAAAGAUGUUAAAUGUUCGACAUUUUUCCAUGAAAUUUUGUUUUGUUACGUUUGAUUUGGAAUAUACUAAGGAACGACUUGUCCAGUACCGGUGCUCCGCAAGCAUGGCGAACAACGAAGAUGACGCUCAAAUCGAAGUGGAAGAUGAUGCCAAUGAAAUCAAGACCAAAAAGCACGAUUCGGGUGCAAGGGAUCUUGAAAAAGUUACAGACUAUGUUGAAGAAAAGGAAAUAUCAGCACAAAGUAUCGGAGACGCAAUGAAAGCAAUGAGUGACAGGAAAACAAAAGAGAGGGCGAAGAAACAGGAAAGGGAACGUGAGCUAGCAAAAGUUAAGAUAAACAAAGAAGAUGUAGACUUAAUUGUGUCGGAAAUGGAAAUAACAAGACAAAUUGCGGAACGGAAAUUACGGGAACACAACGGAGAUGUCGUGGAGGCGUUGGUUGCUUUGACGAACUGAUGUGUGUGAAGCGUUUUUUCUUUCUUUAUUUUCCACUUCAAAUUAUUUGUUCUUUAGUGAAAGCUAGACUAAUGUACCACGGGAGGAUGUGACUAUAGGUUGCAGAUUUCUGAAACGACUGGUCAAACAUUCAAACAGAUGUAUUCACGCAAUUAUAAAUUGUUAAAAUUGUGAUUUAUUCAUGUGUAGACUUGUCUUCUAUUAUUUAUUAAUAUGCAAAAUAAAGCUAGAAAAUGCUGUA